UGUUACAUCUUCAGCUUAGGUAGAAAGGCAGCUGUAUACCAUCCUUGGUGCGGCACAGUGUGAGGUCUAUUUUGUCGCAGCUAAAUCUGAGUAGCACUUUAGUCUUUUUUAUUUUUUUGCGGUGCUUUACGCGACGGAGGUGUUGUAAUAUAUUAUAAUGUAGCCGUUAGCCGUGGUUUGUUUAUCUGGCGGGGUGGACAGAGCCGAUUCUCCGUCUAGAAUACUUGUUUGACUUGUCUGUGAGGCCCAGAACAUCAAACUGGCUGAAAUGGAUGAGCAAAGUGUUGAGAGCAUUGCUGAGGUGUUUCGAUGCUUCAUUUGCAUGGAGAAACUGAGGGAUGCUCGCCUCUGUCCACAUUGCUCCAAACUCUGCUGCUUCAGCUGUAUACGACGAUGGCUGACGGAGCAGAGAGCACAGUGUCCACACUGUCGGGCUCCACUUCAGCUGAGGGAGCUUGUCAACUGUCGCUGGGCGGAGGAGGUCACCCAGCAGCUGGACACCCUGCAGCUUUGCAGCCUCACCAAGCAUGAGGACAACGAUAAAGACAAAUGUGAGAACCAUCACGAGAAGCUGAGUGUUUUCUGUUGGACCUGUAAGAAAUGCAUCUGUCACCAGUGUGCCCUUUGGGGAGGCAUGCACGGCGGCCACACCUUUAAGCCCCUGGUGGAGAUUUAUGAGCAGCAUGUGACCAAGGUGAAGGAGGAGGUUGCCAAGCUGCGCCGCCGCCUCAUGGAGCUCAUCAGUCUGGUGCAGGAAGUGGAGAGGAACGUUGAGGCAGUUAGGGGUGCAAAAGACGAGAGGGUCCGAGAGAUACGUAACGCCGUGGAAAUGAUGAUCGCUCGUCUGGAUAACCAGCUCAAGAAUAAGCUCAUCACCCUCAUGGGCCAGAAGACGUCCUUGACCCAGGAGACGGAGCUGCUGGAGUCUUUGCUGCAGGAGGUGGAGCAUCAGCUUCACUCCUGCAGUAAGAGCGAACUGAUCUCAAAGAGCCCAGAGAUCCUCCUCAUGUUCCAGCAGGUCCACCGGAAACCCAUGCAGUCUUUCGUCACCACGCCCGUCCCUCCAGACUUCACUAGUGAGCUGGUUCCUGCCUAUGACUCCAGCACUUUUGUUCUAGUCAACUUCAGCACCCUGAGGCAGCGGGCUGACCCGGUCUACAGCCCUCCCCUGCAGAUCUCUGGCCUCUGCUGGAGACUCAAAGUCUACCCAGACGGUAACGGUGUGGUUCGUGGAAACUAUCUGUCUGUGUUCCUCGAACUGUCUGCAGGACUUCCCGAAACAUCAAAAUAUGAGUACCGUGUGGAGAUGGUCCAUCAGGCCUCCAGUGACCCCACAAAGAACAUAAUUCGGGAGUUUGCCUCUGACUUUGAGGUCGGUGAAUGCUGGGGCUACAACCGCUUCUUCAGGCUUGAUCUUCUAGCCAGUGAGGGAUACCUGAACAUGCAGACAGACACACUGGUCCUCCGCUAUCAGGUUCGCUCACCUACCUUUUUCCAGAAGUGCCGAGAUCAGUACUGGUACAUCAGCCAGCUGGAGUCGGCCCAGAGUGGCUACAUCCAGCAGAUCAACAAUCUCAAAGAGAGGCUCGCUAUCGAGCUAUUUCGCCGUCAGACCUCACGCAGCUCCUCGCCUCCUGACCUGAGGCUUGCUGCGGGCACCACGACCUCUGAAAGAGACCCUCGCUCGGUGAAGAGUGACGAUGAGAUUCAGACCACUUUGAGCAAUAAUAAGAAAGGAGAAGAAGAAGAGAGGACGCAACACGAUGACUCUAAUGAGCUGUCAGACGGUGACCUGGAGGUGGACUGUCUGACAGAAGAGGAGGUGAACCCUCUGGAUGGCAGCAGCACUUCAGGGAGCUCCACAGCCACCAGCAACACUGAGGAGAAUGACAUAGACGAGGAGACAAUGUCCGGGGAGAAUGAUGUCGACUUCAUCGGCAACCUGGACACAGAAGAAGGAGAGCUUCCUGAUGACUUGGCUGGAGCCACGGGCGGUUCCAACUCCAGUGUGCGAUCAUUACACCGUAGUGCUGCAGCUGCUGCCGGUCGUAGUACUAGUGGCAGUGGAGCUUCCGCUGCUGCUGCUGCCGCCACCGGUGCUGUUGGGCCAGGUGGUAACAGCCUCCUGGAGAUCGACCCGGUCAUCCUGAUCCAGCUGCUGGAUCUGAAGGAGCGCAGCAGCGUGGAAUCCCUGUGGGGUCUUCAGCCUCGGCCUCCGGUGUCUCUCCUCCACAGCCAAGCUCAUCCUCACUCGAGGAAGGAACGAGAGCGGCGUCCGCAGGUGGUGCGACGAUCAGCUCCGGACUCGGGGGUCCUCAUCCGCCUCAAGGCUCAGAUGGCUGAGGUCCGCAGCAAGAUGGCCGAUGUCAAGAGUCAAGUGCUGGAGGUGCGGGGGUCAGCGGAGCCCAGGCCUGGCCCAUCUGGGGCCUUCGGUGCUGAAGAGCUCCCGUCUCAUCACGGCGAUUCAGAGAUGGCAGCUUGUCAUAAACCCAGCGAGCUUGACCUGGUGGGGAGAGCAGCUGCGACUCGAGCCAGACCCUGCCGCCCCGCCAGGAAGUCUCUGUCUCCUGUCCUGGACAGCAGCUCUCUGGUUGUGAAGAGGAGGAGUCCAGAGGAGAUGGAAAAAGACCUGAGGGGAGCAGAAGCUGCUCUGGAGCUCAGCCUGCAUCCUAAAGAUGGGAUGGGAGGAGCAGAGGGAGUGCUGAAGGCUGACAGCCUCCAGGGACCCCUGGUGUCUCUCAGCACUGCAUCAGAGCAGCCCUCCACCUCUAAGCAGCAAUAUACGAUGGAGCAACAGCUAUACGGGGCCUCGGGGUCCAGGGAAGACAUCUUCACCUUGGCAGCAUCGAGCUACAUGGCUUCAAGCAAGAACUGUGGCAGCAGGAGCCUGGGGGCAGCUGCGUUGGACUGUGAAUCUGAGAGCUCAGGAAACUCCCAUCAGUCCUUGCCGGAGGUGCCGUCUGCACAGCUGCUGUCAUGUGAAGAUCAGCCGGCAUCUGUCCUGGUGACGGCUACAAGCAGCGACAGCGACACUGAGGACGAGGCCCUGCAGAGCAACAACUCUCGCUACGACAACCACACUCCACCCUGCACAGGAGAGCAGCUCCUGUCUGAUGACAUGAGUCUACCUGCUGACAGGACCAUGGCAGAAGUUAAUGAAAUAACUGUUAAGAGCGUCACUUCAUGUUGUGCAGAAACAACAGAGCUGCUCCCUUCAAGACAAACAACAUCACCGUUUGCGUUUAAAGUUGUUUUUCUCUGUUCUGGGUUUGUCUUCAUUCGGGGGUUUGACCCCUCGGUGCUGCUUUUUGCUCGUCAGUGUGGCUGUUAUAUAGCAGCACUGGGUUUACGUAAGUCAGUUAGUCUCAUUAUUUAAUAGCCACGUACUAAUGGCGACACUGCUGUUUGUUUAAUGACUGAAUUUCUAACAGUGUUAGGUGCAUAGAAGCAGGACUGCAGUGCUUUUUAGUCACUUUAUUUAAUUCCUUGUGUAUAAAUGCUUUUCUAAGUCUGGCCUGUCUACAGCAUAUAUAUGUAAAUAAUAUGUAGCCUGUCAAUAAGAGUUUAGUGUUUCUACUGCUGUGCUGUUCAUGCUGAGUUCAGUCUUCCUGCCCUUCAGGCCCAGCACCUUCUCCUCUUCCUUCACCCACUCGGCUCUCUUUAUCCACCGCUCAAACGCUUCGUUUCAGACACACAGUUUUUUUUUUUUUGUUCUUUUUCUCGAGGUGAACCAUUAGCUUUCCUUGUAAGUCAUGUAAAUGUCUUCGCUCUUAAUAACAGCCGCGUCAGACUUUAUUUGACAUUUGAAAAGGCUAAGCGAUCAACUGAGUAACGUGGUUUAUGAAGCUGCCGCUGCAGUCUGUGGGCUGAAACUUCAUAGCACACCGCAGCCUCCGCGGUGACCCUCAGACUCUCAGGCAGGUGUUUUCAGUUCAACAUCUGCAUAAACACCAGUGACUGCAGGGCAACGGGCCUCUGCCCGCAGAGACUGACACACAUACAGCACACCUGGCAGCUCAUCAGUUAUUAUUAAUUUAAAGGAGCAGUCUGAGUUUGGGUCUUCUCUUGAUUCUGUAAAAAUCUUUGUUAGCUUUACUGGACUCUAUCCACACCUGCUCCUCUCCACUCCCACAGAUUCAAACACCACUAAAACAACUGCCUUUUUUUUAAAAUUUAUUUAUUUUUAUUCCAUGUUUUAAGUCUGCAGUGAGUAAGCGAGCAUUGAAAAGCUGAAACUGAGGCAGUAGCUCUGUUUAAAUUAUUAGUAACACCUCUGUGUUCCUGAUGUGGUGUGUCAGCACAUCUGCUCUGGAGAGUUUCUGUAUGUGGGCUGUACUCAGGCACAAAAGUGCAAAAUUUAAAGGGCUAGUACACCCAAAUUAAAAAGCUUACGUAGUGUUAUCUAUUAGUGAGAUUGCUGUUCUUACAUGGACACGAUGGAGGGGCACGCAGGGCAUUUACUUAGUACUCUCUCGAUUAAUCCUACGGAUCAUUUUCUCAGGAUUUCAUUUGGCUUAUUUAAUGGUUCCAAAGAGUGAAAAAUGACUGUCGCAGAAAAAAACGAUCGGCUAAUCAGAAAGUUUGCCCGUUAAUUUCCUCUUUAUCUAGAUUUACUGAAUAAUUGCUGCACCUCUAGGUGAGUGCUAAUUAGUUUGGGGAGCUCUGAAAAAUGACUUUCCUUCUAGACCCUCUUACCAUUGAUAAUUUAAUUGGAAAUAUGUGGGGACCUUCUAAUGAAAACUUCCCAGGAUGGAAGGUUUUUGGUUUUUGUUUUUUUUUGGGUGGGGGAGUAAACUAAACAAAAAUAAUCUGCAUAGAAUGAAAGUGUGUUUCUAAUUUUGGGUGAACUGACCCUUUAAAGUCGAGGCACAUUUAGUUUUCUGAGGAGUUGACAGCAGAGCUUAAUAAGAAUCGCUGUAAUUAUGUAACGUGUGCUCUGCUGCCCUGCUGGCUUUUCUUGAUGGAUUUGUUAUUUCUCACCUCACUUCUCUGAACAAACAGAGCGAACACGAGUGAAACGCUGUUGCUGCACUUCACUGGGAGAAAACAUGUCGAGCACUCUGUCAGACCUUUCUCCUUCACCCCUCAGCUGUAACUCAUUUUAAAAGCCACUUAUUCUUCCCAUAAUCGGGAGUUUGUGUUGUAAAUAUGUUGGAGUAUGUUCUUUUGAGGCUGUGCCUGAAUGCACAUGGCUUUAACAGCUGGACUGAAAGAAGAUGGACUUCUUGUGCGCACCAAGUCUUUACACUAAUAAUUGAAAAAGUCCAUUGCAGCUCAUCUUGUAAAUUCUGCUUUUUCGUCUGUUCCACUGUUGCGCACUUUCACAUACAUGACC